ACCGCAAGUGAUUCCGGGAGCUGUCCUCUGCACUUCAAAUAGCCUAACCCUAACCUACCUUUUGUUUUUAACUGGAUAUAUUAUUUAUCUCAAAGGCCCGCGACAUUUGAAGGUUAUGUUGUCUAAUGGGUCGGUGUGAGAUAGCACCUCACUACUGGAUCUGGAACCACACAGCAGCCAGAAGAGAAUUCCCAGUCAACCUCACGGCUGUGCCUAAGAAGUUGCUGCAUCUAGACCAGGUUAGACUCUAGGCUAUGUCUUCCUGGCUGUGGAGGAGCUAGUUCAUGCUGAGCUGAAAGGGAUCUUUCUGGCUGGGGACGACAGUGACAGAGAUGGGGUUAGGACAGUCCAGCAAGGCCCCUGUUAUGGAUGACACAGAGGAGGUCAAUUUCGACCACUUCCAGAUACUAAGGGCUAUCGGGAAAGGAAGUUUUGGGAAGGUGUGCAUUGUGCAGAAGAAGGACACAAAGAAAAUGUACGCCAUGAAGUACAUGAACAAACUGAAGUGUGUUGAGCGAAACGAGGUCCGCAACGUCUUCAAAGAACUGCAGAUCAUGCAGAACCUGGAGCACCCGUUCCUUGUCAACUUCUGGUAUUCAUUUCAGGACGAGGAGGACAUGUUCAUGGUAGUCGACCUGUUGCUGGGUGGAGACCUGCGCUAUCACCUCCAGCAGAAUGUUCACUUCUCAGAGAACACGGUCAAAAUGUACAUCUGUGAGAUUGCCCUGGCCCUGGGAUACCUCCGAAGUAAACGCAUCAUCCACAGAGACAUCAAACCGGACAACAUUCUGCUGGAUGAACACGGUCAUUGUCACCUGACAGACUUCAACAUCGCUGCCAUCGUCAAAGACGACCUGAGAGCCACAUCUAUUGCUGGGACUAAACCAUACAUGGCCCCGGAGCUGUUCCUGCCCUACGAGGGGACCCACCCUGGCUACUCCUUCACCGUGGACUGGUGGUCCCUGGGCGUCAGUGCGUAUGAGCUGCUUCGGGGACAGAGACCAUACAUCAUGCGCUCCAGCAUGCCGCCAAAUGAGAUCCUCCAGAUGUUCCACAAGGUCAGCCCCGGCUACCCCGCGGCCUGGUCUCCGGAGAUCAAGUCUCUGAUCAGAAAGUUGCUGUCUAUUGAUGUGCAACGCCGUGUGUCCUGCCUGGGAGAGCUGCAGGGCCUGGACUUGCUGUCUGACGUCAACUGGGACGCUGUGCUCAGCAAACAGCUGCCUCCCUCAUUCAUCCCCAAUAGGCGCAGGCUGAACUGCGACCCCACGUUUGAGCUGGAGGAGAUGAUUCUGGAGUCCAAACCGUUGCACAAGAAGAAGAAGAGACUGGCCAGGAAGACCCGUGAGCAGGGCCACAGCGGUUCCCCAGAGAGCGGUCAGCUGCAGCAGCGCCUGAACAACGUAGAGAGGGACUUCAUCAUCUUCAACAGAGAAAGGUCAAAGAUGUCUGGAGCCGGAGCAGAACCCACGGGCCUCUCCAAGACAGAGAAGAACAAGGCCGUUGAAUACGGACAGAACAACAAUGUAGACCCGGCUCCCUACAUAUCCGGAUAGAGCCCUGUGGCUGGCCCCAAGUCUCGUAGAGUACCUGACCAUAGCUUGUAGAUCAACACUAGCCAUUCCUUCACUCCCCCCUCCACAGGCCAGCGUAGGCACUCAGAUCGACCUUUAACCCUGCCAGCCUGCCCACUGCUGUAAGCCCGGACCCCUGAACUCCCGGAGCUCCCGUACAAUACCACCCUGGAGAGUGAGUUAAACCAGGCCUGGAACAGACAGACAGGACUCUUUCCUCUUUUCCCAUCCCAGGGACGCGGCCCGGCCCUCCCUUCACCCACCCGGUCGGCCAGGCCCGGGCUUGCCUGCCAACCCAGAGGAUGGCCUUGACAGGAUACCGUCACCCUGCUGACGACUCAGAGGAGGCGGGACACUGGGCCUCAUGUUUACCAAUAGGAGACUGCGCCUGCAGUGCAUACAGGCCGCAGAGGCGUGCUUUUGGGUUCGCGUCGCACAAAAUGAAUUGUGAUUAGAGAUAAGAUACGAGCGCUAGCUGCUGACUUCAGCAGUCAGGCCACCGAAUGAAUUUCUCUCUGUGAUAAUGUCAGGCAUCACUCUGCCACACGAACAAACCAAGUUGACAGGUACUUGACUUGGAAAUGUGUACAUAAGUCUUUAUAGAUAAAUAUUUCUUAUCUGUUUUCACUGAAAAUCUUGCUUUGCACACAAUUUACCAUUAAAAGGAUAAUCCACCCCCAGAAACCCCAAUCAUGAAAUUUCCAUUUGGAAAAGGACUAUGUUCCAAUUAGUGAGUAUGGGGAUACUGUUAACAACACGUCCGUCUGUCAGUGUUGUCAUGCCAAAGCACUUUAUAUAUUUUAUUUAGUUUGCUCAGACUACACUGCUUGCUGUUAGUUUAAUAUCUAUGGUUCAUUUAACUAUGAAGCAAAGCAGUUCCUGUUUCUCCCUCACUGUCUCCCUGCCUGCAUACCUUUGUUGCAUGUUGCCACAGCAACCUGAUAAAUACAGCUUUAAUUAGAAAAGUGAUCUUUACCAAGUUGAACGAGUUGAACGGAAGAUUUUUACUCCUAUAUUGAAAGCGAGGUUUGCUCUUACGUGAUUUUACAAUUAUUUACAGUUAUGUGAAAAAUGAUGACAUGAGAGUUGGCUUUUAUUUGUUUUGUAAAUUUGGACACUUGAGAUAAUUGAGAUAAAUUCCAACCCGUUCACUGAUAACGGUAACCCAAUUUAACAGAUCACAUUUAAAGAAAAUACUUGGAAAACAUUCAUGCAAUUAAAAUGAACAGAAACAGACUUUUCUUAUACAGAAAUUGUUAGUAAACCCCUACAUUAACCAUCCCAAGAACCCAGACCCUCAGAAGAAACGUUAUUGAUGCCAUGAGCCUGGGAGGGGUUGCAAACCUAUUUCCAAGUUAUUUAAAGUAUGUUUUUCCACUUUCCCGAGGAUCUUCUACAAAAUGAAAAGAGAAUAGUGCAGGUUGUCCCACAAAAAAAUCAGCCCAAGAGCUGACCAAAAGAUGCUCAUGGAUGUCUCAAAGAACUCCUGGGUAACGUCAAAGGUUCUAUAGGCCUCUCUGUACAGGCCAGAAUAAUUGCUCAAGUGCAUGACUCAACUGCCAGAAAGAAACUGCAAAAACUUGCCUUCAUGGGAGGUCAGGAAGGGCAAUCCUCUGCUCUCAAAAAAGGAAAAUCAAGUCACAACUGCCACACAACACUUGAAACUAUUGAAACAAUGAAAAGAAGAAAUUGAGGGUGAAAGCCCAAAUCUCAUUCCUGUCAAAAUGUUGUGGGAUACUUGAAGCAGGCCAUGUAUGGAAGAGAGUUGAAAGAGUACUGUAAAGAAGAGUUUACUCCCAGUCGACAGCUAUAUGAAGUUACACAUUAUGGCCAAAUGUAUGUGGACACCCAACCAUCACACUUAUAUGAGCUUGUUGGACGUCCCAUUUCAAAACCAUGGGCAUUAAUAUGGAAUUGCCCCCCUCUUUGCAGGAAUAACAGCCACCACAUUUCUGGGAAGGCUUUCCACAUGAUUUUGGAGUGUCUCUGUGGGAAUGUGUGCCCAUUCAGCCAAAGGAUCAUUUGUGAAGUUUGGCUCUGAUGUUGGACAAGAAGGCCUGGCUCACAAUCACCAUUCCAAUUCAUCCCAAAGGUGUUAAAUGGGAUUGAGGUCAGGGGCCACACCAACCUUGUCGAACCAUGUCUUUAUGCACCCUGCUUUGUGCACAGGGGCACAGUCAUGCUGGAACAGGAAAGGGCCUUCCCCAAACUGUUACCACAAGGUUGGGAAGUACACAAUCGCCUAAAAUGUAUUUGUAUCUUGUAGAAUUAAUAUGACCCUUCACUGGAACUAAGGGGCCUAGCCCAAACCCUAAAACACAGCCCCAGACCAUUAUCCCUCCUCCUCCAAAUGCUACAGUAGGCAAUAUGCCUCAGCCACACCCAGAUUCGUCCAUCAGACUGCCAGAUAGUGAAGCGUGAGUCAUCACUCCAGAGAACAUAUUUCCACUGUUCCAGAGUCCAGUGGCCAUGUGCUUUACACCACUCAAGCCAGCGUUUGGCAUUGUGUAUGCUGAUGGGAUGCUUGCAUAUAGCUGCACGACCAUAGAAACCCAUUUUGUGAAGCUCCCGACAGACAGUUCUUAUUCUGAUGUUGCUUCCAGAGGCACUUUCGAACUCUGUGGUGAGUGAUGCAACUGAUGAUAGACGUAUUUUACACACUUCAGCACUCGGCGGCCUUGCUCUGUGAGUUUGCAUGGUCCGCCAUUUCGUGGCUGGGCUGUUGUUGCUCCUAGAUGCUUCCACUUUAGAAUUAUAGCACUUACAGUUGACCAGGGCAGAUCUAGUAGGGUAGAAAUGUCACCAACUGACCUGUGACAAAGGUGGCAUCCUAUGACAGCGUACUAUGACGUUUAAAGUCACUGAGCUCUUCAGUACAGUAUGUUUGUCGAUGGAGAUUUCAUGGCUAUGUGCUGGAUUUAAUGCACCUGUGAGCCAUGGGUGUGCUGAAACACCUGAACUCAAUAAUUAGUAGGGGUGUCCACAUACUUUUGUCAUAUGAAAAAUUAAUGAAAAUGCAUUUCUGUCGAUUUUAUUUUUUGAUGAAUUACGGCUUGCAGAGUACAAUUAUUCAGUAUAAUUGGUUAAAUUAGGUUACCUACAUACAGUGGGGAGAACAAGUAUUUGAUACAUUGCAGA